AUAUCACUGCUAUCUCGGUUAGAAGACUGUCUAUUAGAUAUCCAGUGCUGGAUGGCAAAAAAUUUCCUUAUGUUAAACACAGAAAAAACAGAAGUUCUGGUAAUUGGUUCCAAGGCUGCUAGAAAUAAGUUUCACCACCUCAACGUUGGUAACCUUCCUACACAACCUAACAUGGUGGUUAGAAAUCUUGGCGUUCUUGUCGAUUCAGAUCUAUGCUUUGAUGCUCACAUAAGAAGUAUUACUAGAACUGCAUUUUAUCAUCUACGGAACAUAGCCAAGCUUCGUAAGAUGCUCUCACUUAAUGAUGCAGAAAAACUAAUACAUGCCUUCGUAAGUUCCAGACUGGAUUACUGUAAUGGCCUCUUAUCAGGUUGCCCGUCUGGAUCCUUGCAUAAACUUCAGAUGGUACAGAAUGCUGCAGCCAGAGUUCUAACAAACACUAAAAAAUUUGAUCAUAUUACACCGGUCUUAUCCUCUCUUCAUUGGCUGCCAGUUAAGUCUCGAAUUGACUAUAAAAUACUGCUAUUAACUUAUAAAGCACUAAAUGGCCUUGCACCAGAAUACCUUAGUGAUCUGCUGACCACAUACAACCCUCCACGCUUGCUUCGCUCUCAAGCCAUGGGAUAUCUGUUAGUGCCUAGGGUAGAAAGAGCUACGGCAGGCUGCAGAGCUUUCUCCUACAGAGCUCCUCAGCUGUGGAAUGGUCUUCCACCGGAUGUGCGGGUUUCAGGUUCACUCUCAAUAUUCAAGUCCAGACUAAAAACACACCUGUUUAGUUUAGCGUAAAGGGACACUAGUUCUAGCCCUAGCUAACUCUUCACUCCCAGUCAGACCUGUAGUGUGAGGUGUAGAGCUGGGUGGGGAUCGGUGCCAUUGGCUUUGGAUAAACUGGAUUAUCAGUGCUGUCACUCUAGCUUCGCAAUCUCUUGUGGAACUGGAGUGCUGACAUUUCAGGGACUCCCCAUGCCUGCAUUCCCACUUGCCUCUCCCUCCUACUGAUGCUGCCAUAGCCAUAUCUGCUGGAGCUUACACAUUGCACUUCAUAUUGCACUCACCUAGCUUUUAGCACUGCCAAUAGCCUCCUCUACUUUGCCUAAUUGUACAUUUUAUUUCCCCUACUCCUCCUGGGGGGUGAUGCCUGGAGACCUCAAUCUAUCAAGAUAUCCAGCACACCCGGCCACAUGUGACGUCGCCACCACCAGUGACGUCCCUGCAUCCAGCUCGCCGUUCUGAUCUUCCAUGUAUGACCCGCUGCCUUACCUCUGGUUGCCUGGCAAUUGGAAGAAGACUCGGCAUCGGCAUUGGCUUGUCAUCUUCCUUGCUCUCCAGUUAUUUCCCAAAUCUUAUGAUUGGGACAAUGUGACUUGGCCCAUCUCUGGCACUUAACCAUCUCUCUAUUUGACUAUCCCUGCUGGCCCCUGGAGGAUGGGCUCCCCCUUUGAGUCUGGUCCCUCCCAAGG